GCCCUCAACGCCUCCUCCCCCUCCUUUUCGCAACAGGACGCGCAAGCCGCGCGCCCGCAUUGGAAGCGCGGACGGCAGAUCGCGCGCCAGGGGGCCCCCGCCCCGCCCCCGUCCGUGGGCGCGCGCUUGGAGACGUCAUCUGCUCAUCUCCCUUUUGUGGCGGUACCGGGAUGGCUGUCGAAACGAAACGAAACAAUCCGGUUUCGACUCGACUACGCUGGGAUGGGAUGGGGUGGGUGUCUGCCUUGCCUUGCCUUGCCUUACCUCACCUCGAGGCGAAUCGAAUCGAGCAGGGUCCACCGACUACCACAACCAACCAACCAACCAGCCCAGGGCGGGAGGCAGUGCAGGCUCGCGCCCCCGCCCUGUGGCCUGCCUUCUUUCUUACCUACCUAUCUUCGAUCAUCUUUCUGCCUUGCCUUGCCUUGGCUGUUCCAUCCUGUUUCCGGCCCGGCUAGCCUCGUUCACGCAUGCAUGCAUGCUUCCUCUUUUCAGCCUUACCUGCUUUACUCCACCUCAGCUGUACGCAAGCGUGUACGCAACAUCCACGCACGCUCUCCUUUGUAGAUCGUCUCGUCUCGUCUCGUCGUUGUUGUUUCACUGCUGUAGCGCUCGUUCGCUCUCCGUCUGUUUGUCUUGUUGAUCCUCUCUUGUUGUUGUUCCUUUCGUCAUCAUCUUCAUACCUACUC